AUGGAUAAUUUAAACUCGAGGAGUUACAUCGUAACUCGUCAGAACUACCAACCUGACCGGGUUAAACCCCAGCAGCAGCAGCGGCGCCGACGUACGUCUUUCAGCCGCCGCUCAAUUUCCCCCGGCAAGGACCGCAAGAAAUUUGUUGAUUCUAAGCAUGAAACUCACGAAGAUUAUGCUACAGCUCCAGCGCACGCCGCGGAGCUCGAUGGAACGCCUUUAGCUAUCGACACUCAGAAGGUUAUGAUGACCGCGGAACUCGAAAGUAUCAUUCCCCGUAAACUAUCAAGAAUUAUAGGAAGACAUAGCAAACGAUCAAGUCCGACGACACCCAAAUCACCUGAGAUUAAGGUCAGCGAGCCGCGUUUGUUCCCAAAGGAUUACGAAACUAGCCAUAUUGAAGACCACGGCAAUCUACAAAUAUACCGGACCAAUUCUUCGUCUGGUGAACUUAAACCACCUUCUCACAAUCACUCUGGUGAAGCCAAAACCCGUAAAAUGAGCUCCGAAACUUAUAGGUCAAGUGCGACCACAAUCACCCCAAAUUAUGUUCACGAAAUUCAGGAACCCGAUAGUCCCACUUUACCCCCCAUCAUGCCAAAUCCCAAACUUAUUGCAUCAACACCUAGGCAUAUCCUAGGAAUCGUCACGCAUCCGUUACCGGGACCUAGCAGUCCCGGAGGUAGCGCUUUGCCAGUUUUACAUAGUGAUCGAGGCCAUCCAGGGUCACCGCCUUUAUCAGCUUCCGUGGGUUUAGGACGAAGGAAAUCUUCUAGGACACCAUCCUCGGCAUUGACAGCGAGCCCCAACCCUUUCCUUAUGAGGGAUCUGCCAGAUUCGCUUCGUGAUCUUGUUUUGGACCAGGGACUUAUUGUGCGGUUAAAAGACGGGAAACGAAUAGAGAUGGCCGCAGACGAUGUUCAAUGCGCUAAACAGAUUCUCAACGCUUGGAAUAUAUACGAAGGCAAUCUCGGGGGCGGAAUAUCUCACGAGAAGGCCUACCUUUGCAUGCUUAAUUCAAAACUACCAAAGGAUCAGCUUGCUGAGAUAUGGGAUAGCUGCCAAACAAUCAAUGACCCACCGAUGCCUCUCCGGGUGAACCAUUCCUUAUUUCCCGAAGAGUUUAUCGUCGCAAUCCAUAUGAUUCAACAAAUGUCCCGCUUGGACAUGAAUACCCUCCAGCACAACCUAACGGCCAAAUCCCCGCUCAUGUCACAACGAAAAGCCGUCACCAGUAGUGUUUUGAUUAACGGGAACGCUGUUCCAUGUCCGAAUGAUCCCGAGAGUAUUAUCAAGCUAUUUGGUGGGCGGGAAGGCGUGAUACCUCCACAAAAUGUACUCGACAAAUCUCUCUAUAUCGCCUCGUCGAAAGGCUUCAGGGCCGCAGCAGUGACUUUCUUGGAUUGGAGAGCGAAUAUUGAUGCUUUAAACACAGCAUCAAAUAGAAGGGCACUGCACGCAGCAUGUGAGAACGGACACGAGGAUGUAGUACGGAUUUUACUACAACGAGGAGCAUCAGUCAAUGUCAGAGACGAGGACGGCAAAACGCCUCUACACCUCGCAGCAGCAGAUGGCGGGGAAGGUAUAACACGUAUGCUGAUUCAGUCCGGGGCCGAUCUAAAUGCCAUAGACGACGAGAGUGAUUUACCGUUGCAUGUGGCCGCCGCCUACGGAAGCGCCAAUAUCGUGCCCCUAUUCUUACGGGCGAGAGUAAAAAUCGACACACCGGGCUCGGGAGGAAGAACGCCAUUGAUGAAGGCUGUGAUGGGUGGGCAUAAAACAACAGUUAGGUGUCUUUUGGAUGAAGGCGCCCAUGUAAACCACCGGGACGAUAUGGGAUGGUCUGCGUUACAUUGGGCGGUACGAAAAGGCAACGAAACCUUAACGAGAAUACUACUGGAAGAAGGGGCGAAUAUUCACGAGCGCACAGCUGAUGAGCAAAAUGCAAUAUGCCUCGCUGUGCAUCACGAUAUGAAGUCUUUGGUACGAUUCUUGGUUGAGAACGGGGCCGCUAUAAACGGAUAUGGUGGCAAUGGGAUGGCGCCAAUUCAUCUCGCUGCUAUGAUGGGGAAAGAGGGGAUCCUAUCCGUACUUUUGGAGCUGGGUGCCCUCGUAAACAACUACACGAAAGGAAGUGCUAUAAACUCGCAGACAGCGUUGAUGGUAGCAAUCAUACAGCAACAUGAAGGAAUCGUUCGGAUACUAUUAAAUCAUCCACAUAUCAACCUAGAAGCAGAAGAUAGGAAUCGCUCGACGGCUCUCCACUACGCGGUACAGAAAGCAAACAUCCCUAUAGUAAAAAUGGUGCUAGAUAAAAACCCACGCCUGGAGGAUAUGAACAUUGAUGGGAAGGCCCCAAUCGACCUGGCAAAGGAUAAGGAAGUUAAGGAUUUAUUGAAAGCCGCUGCAAAAUUUGCGAAGCUGCCGAGGAAAUUUUCGAUUUGA